AUGUAUCUUCUUCCGGAGAAGGUGAAACUGAGAAUCAAUUUCGGUUCAAUUUCGACUUCGGGAAGGUUUAUGAAACCGGCCUCUUUCCCUAUUGGUAAUUCAACUCCCGAUUCGACCUUGCCUGAAGAUGGACCCAUCGAACUCCCCUUCUCUAUACCUUCAUUUAUAUCCAUUGACGAUGACCCUACCACUCUCCAAGUUGCCACCAACGUUCUCCUCACCGACACUGACACCAUAUCCAUCUUCCUCAUUCGAUCCCUCCGUCGUCGUGCAAAGCGUGCCAAAGAACUGAAAUUUAGGUCUAAGAGACCAAAAACUAAAAAGAUGUUGAAGGAGGAGGCACUUGAGAGUUUGAAAGCAAUGACUCCGGUUGAGGCAAAUGCUCCCCCGUUACCUCUUCAGGCGUUUCUGGGAGGUUUGUCUGCUGGAAUUAUUGCAAUUAUUCUAUAUAAAUUCACCACCACCAUUGAAGCUUCUCUGAAUCGUCAAACCAUUUAUGAUAAAAUCAUCCCCAAUUCUUAA